AUGGCCGAAUCCAUCGAGACGGAGUAUCGCUUGAUCAAGCAUCGCCGGCGCGUCAGCGUCAUCGCCGCCAAGGCUAGACAAUUCGCUCGCGACGGAAUAAAAUAUCGCGUUCAUCACAAGACGACCAACAGCACCCGGCCCAGCACCCGACAGGCGGAUGAGAUCAUCGACAUCAGUGGGCUGGAUCAUGUCAUCACUGUCGACCCUCGCCGGCGCCGCGCGGCCGUGGAACCAAAUGUAUCAAUAGCGACUCUCGUCACGGCCACGCUCAAGCACGGCCUCAUUCCUGCCGUUGUCCCUGAGUUCCCUGGCAUCACCGUGGGCGGCGCCUUUUCCGGCACUGCGCUCGAGAGUUCUUCAUUCCGCUAUGGUCACUUUGAAAAGUCUGUCGCUUCUCUCGAGGUCAUCCUUGGAAACGGCAACAUCGUCACCGCCUCGCCCGUCGAGAACUCGGACCUCUUUAGUGGUCUCGCUGGCUCUUGUGAUAUUACGCUGCCGGGAAACACCGUUGCGGCCUUCCUCGACUGGGUCAACAACAACUUGGGGAUUUAUCCUGUCUGGAUCUGCCCCGUAAGAGUCAUUCCCGACAGUCGCAACCGUGAACGUUGCCACAAUAUCAAUGUCAAUGUACGAUUGUGGGGUCCCAAGACCAUCCACGGGCCUGAUGACGUUCCAGGUCGCGACAGCCCCGAGGCCUUUGAGCGAUUCAUCCGGGAUAACAAGAUGAUUGAGCAGGCUACUCGCGAUCUCGGCGGUACCAAGGUGGUUUACGGCGACAACUACUACACGGAAGAGGAAUUCUGGCGAAUUUACGACAAGGAGUUUUACGAUGAUCUCCGCGACAAGUGGGGUGCUGCCGGCCUUCCCAGCCUCUGGGACAAGCUCGGCAACCCGAACCCGACCUACAAGGAACAGCCUUCUCGCUCCAAGGCUAUCAUGAAAGUUCUCCUGAAGCGCGACUAUCUCCUCAAGAAGUGA